AUCCCACCGACCACAGGCUCCAGUGCCUGGGUUAGCCCCAGGCCAUGUCAGAGGAGCUGUAAUUGCAUAGGGCAGAAGGCGUCUUCUCCAGUGGUUAAUUUCCAUCAACUCGCGUGAGACCACGGACAAGCCCCACAAUCAUCCUGCAAGUUGACCCUCAGCUGCCGCAGGAACCGCCUGUCCACCACCCGGUGGGCUCCCCUGGGUGAAAAGAACAAGACCAUGAGGACGAUGCCAAGGCAAAGCCAGCAGCUCAGAGCCACCUGCUCACCUGCCCUGCCAGCAGCAUGAAGCCUGCGCUCUGUCUCCAGCUCCUGCUGUGGAUUUGCCUGGUGCCACAGCUAGUGCCUGGGGGUCCAAAGAAACAUUUUCUAAGGUAUAUCUUGGACCCUCCACCCUGCAGAUCAUCCCCUGAAAACUGUACUCACAUCUGUAAUUUGCAGGAAGAUUGCCCAGGAGGACUUCAGUGCUGUUCUGCCUUCUGUGGGAUCGUUUGCUCAUUAAACAAAGAGCACAGACAUUGAGGGGCUGCUCAUGCCCAGUCCUGACCUAGAAGCUCCUGGUGGGAGCUCAGCUGAAGAGUUUCUUACCAGCCAUGAGGAUAGAUCCCUUGU